AUGGCUCUCCUUCAGUAUACCGCUCCAGUCAACUAUGCGGAGCAAUUGGACGCCUUCAAGGAUUUUCUAACUCACUUUAAGAGUUUUGAGUCCACUUCGGCCUCCGCUGCCGCUGAGGCGAUCGAAGACCUUCACAUUGAUGGCGAGCGCACCAGUGACGAAUAUGAUUUCAUGGACGAUGUGGAGGAUGAGAAUGGAGCUACCCGGGAACGCUCCGGUCGCAGAAACCGAGAACCGAAGCUCAAAUACAUGCAGGUGCUCCAGGAUGUCGCAGACAGAGAACGGAACAAUAUUCUCAUCGAGCUAGACGACUUGGCCACAGUACCGCGCCCUUUUCUUUCCCUCGUCGAAUUAAGGCGACUGAUUACUGACGAUGUCCUUGCAAGAAACACGAAGCGUUAUAUCGAUGUAUUCUCGCAAGCUGUCGAUGCUGUCAUGCCCAAGGAGACCAAAGAGCUCACUUUCAAAGAUGAUGUUCUUGAUGUUAUCAUGUCGCAACGUGAAAAGCGAAACGAGGCCAUGAAUAUGGCCAUGGAAGCCGAUGCGGACGCCGUUCAAGCCCCUUCGAUAUUCCCGCCUGAAUUGACCCGCCGUUAUACCUUGAACUUCAAGCCCCUUACUCCUUCCGGCUCCAGCAGUGAGCGCGAAUCUAAAGCUCUGGCAGUUCGCAAUGUGCGUGGAGAGCACCUGGGCAGUCUGAUCACAGUUCGUGGUAUCACCACCCGCGUUUCCGACGUCAAGCCUGCCGUUCAGAUUAACGCCUACACUUGCGAUCGUUGUGGAAGCGAAAUGUUCCAGCCUGUGACUACAAAACAGUACCUUCCUAUGACCGAAUGUCAGUCGCAAGAAUGCCAAGCAAACGGCUCGAAGGGACAACUGUUCUUGUCGACUCGUGCUUCCAAGUUCGUCCCCUUCCAGGAGGUUAAGAUCCAGGAAAUGGCGGACCAAGUGCCUGUUGGUCAUAUUCCACGGUCCCUGACGGUCCACUGCCACGGUGCUCUUACGCGGCAGCUGAACCCUGGCGAUGUUGUUGAUAUUGCUGGCAUUUUCCUCCCUACUCCUUACACCGGUUUCAGGGCCAUCCGCGCUGGUCUUCUCACCGACACCUACCUGGAGGCUCAGCACAUCACGCAACACAAGAAGUCCUAUAAUGAGACCGCGAUGGACAGCAGAACCCUGCGGAAAAUCGAACAGCAUCAGAAGUCUGGAAACAUGUAUGAGUACCUUUCUCGGUCCAUCGCUCCCGAGAUCUACGGCCACCUCGACAUUAAGAAGGCUCUGUUGCUCCUCCUGAUCGGAGGUGUCACGAAGGAGAUGGGUGACGGAAUGCACAUUCGCGGUGACAUCAACAUCUGUCUGAUGGGUGACCCUGGUGUUGCUAAAUCGCAGUUGCUGAAGUACAUCGCCAAGGUGGCUCCUCGCGGCGUCUACACGACGGGUCGUGGAAGCAGUGGUGUUGGUCUCACCGCAGCGGUCAUGAGAGACCCGGUGACCGAUGAGAUGGUGCUGGAAGGAGGAGCUUUGGUUCUUGCGGACAAUGGUAUCUGCUGUAUUGAUGAAUUCGACAAGAUGGACGACUCGGACCGGACGGCUAUUCACGAAGUCAUGGAACAGCAGACCAUCUCCAUCUCCAAGGCCGGAAUCACAACGACCCUCAACGCUCGCACGUCAAUCUUGGCCGCUGCUAAUCCGUUAUAUGGACGGUACAACCCGCGCGUCUCUCCCGUCGAAAACAUCAACCUUCCCGCCGCUCUCCUGUCUCGUUUCGAUGUGAUGUUCCUCAUCCUCGAUACCCCAUCGCGCGAAUCGGACGAGGAACUGGCGAACCACGUCACCUACGUCCAUAUGCACAACAAGCACCCCGAGAAUGAAGAUGCUGGUGUCAUGUUCACUCCCAAUGAAGUUCGUCAAUACAUCGCCAAGGCACGCACCUACCGACCUGUGGUCCCCUCAUCCGUGUCGGACUACAUGGUAGGAGCAUAUGUGAGGAUGAGAAAGCAGCAGAAGCAGGAUGAGGCCAAGAAGCAGCAAUUCUCCCAUGUGACGCCGCGUACUUUGCUUGGUAUUGUUCGUCUGUCCCAGGCCCUUGCCCGACUGCGGUUCAGCAAUGUGGUGGUUACUGAGGACGUUGACGAGGCGCUGCGUCUUGUUGAGGUCAGCAAGGCGUCUCUGGCCCACGAUGGCCAGCAGGGAGCCGACCAGACGCCCAGUAGCAAGAUCUACAGCCUUAUUCGUUCCAUGUACGAGAGCGGUGCUGCCGCCAUGGGAGACGGCGAAAGCGGCGCUCUUGACAUGAGGAGAGUCAGAGAGAGACUGAUCGCCAAGGGCUUCACGGAGGAUCAGAUCGGCAUGGCUAUUUCUGAGUACGAGAACUUCAACGUUUGGCAAGUGACUGACGGCGGAAAUGGCCUCAUGUUUUUGGAUAUCGGAGAUGACGAGAUGGAUUUCUGA